CAUCUGUCUGUCUGUGCGACUCAUACACUGACUUUUGAGCCAACGUUUAAUCAUUUAAUUAGGGUUUGGUUUUGUUUGAUCACAUGUGUGUUCACUGAUUGUCUCUUAAGUUACAUUUGUUUGCGGAGUAUUUGUUAAAUUAAGAUUGAACCUGGUGAUAUAAGGGUGCAUAAACUAUCACAAUGAGUCCGACCGUCAAAUAUACCCAGAUAUUUAUAAACAAUGAAUGGCACAAUUCAGUCAGUGGUAAGACCUUUCCGACUAUAAACCCGGCUAACAAUGAAAAGUUGGCUGACAUUCAAGAGGCUGACCAGGCCGAUGUGGACAAAGCGGUAGCGGCGGCCCAAAAGGCCUUUGAAUUGGGGUCCGAGUGGCGAACAAUGGACGCCUCCCAGAGGGGUCGCCUACUGAGCAAACUGGCCGACCUUAUUGAACGGGACCGGCAGGUGCUGCUGGAACUGGAGGUGGCCGAUGUGGGCAAACCAGUAUCGGAGGCCGAGUUUGAUAUCGACGGCGUGAUCGGGACGCUCCGGUACUACGCGGGUUGGGCUGACAAAGUGCACGGAAAGACUAUACCCGCAGACGGCCAACAGUUUGCGUUCACACGACUGGAGCCGAUCGGAGUUUGCGGUCAAAUCAUUCCCUGGAACUACCCAUUGGUGAUGUUGUCGUGGAAAUGGGGCCCAGCGUUGGCCACCGGCAACACCGUCGUACUGAAGCCGGCCGAACAGACACCCCUUUCCGCUCUAUACACCGCUAGCCUGGCGAAAGAGGCCGGCUUUCCGCCCGGUGUGAUCAAUGUGGUGCCCGGCUAUGGACACACUGCCGGCGCCGCACUGGCCAGACAUCCCAACGUGGAUAAGAUUGCGUUCACCGGGAGGCAGUGCUGUUGCGCGGGCACCCGUACGUUUGUCCACGAGUCCAUCUACGACCAGUUCGCCAAGAAGUCGGCAGAGUUGGCACAAAAGCGCAAAGUAGGAGAUCCCAUGUCGGCCGACACAGAACAGGGCCCUAUCAUCGACGAGACGCAGACUAAGAAAGUAAUGGAUCUCAUAGAGAGUGGCAAAAAGGAGGGCGCAGUCCUGCAAACGGGUGGCACUCGAGUCGGCACAAAGGGCUGGUUCGUGGCGCCCACUGUCUUCUCCAAUGUCACCGAUAAUAUGCAAAUCGCACGGGAGGAGAUCUUCGGACCCGUUCAGCAGCUAUUGAAGUACAAAGACAUGGAUGAAGUGAUCCGCCGGUGCAACGACACCCGAUACGGUCUGGGCUCCGGUAUACUAACCAACAACUUGCAAAAAGCUCUGCAAUUCGCGCAGGGAGUGAAAGCCGGGUCAGUUUGGGUGAACUGCUACGACACGGCCUCCGUUCAGACCCCUUUUGGUGGCUAUAAAAUGAGUGGACACGGGAGGGAACUGGGAGAGGACGGCAUACAUGAGUACACGGAGGUCAAGGCGGUCACCAUUAAGAUGCCGGUUAAGAACUCAUAGAUAAUUGCAUUUGUAUAGUGAUUAACACUCAAACUUGCAAAAAAGUUUUUAUAUUAAUUUAAUAUAAUAGCGAAAUAAAAGUAAAACUAAAAUCAAGUUUCUAACUAAAAACAUAAGGUUUUAAAUUAAAAAAGUUAAUAAAUAACUCUAAAUAACAUUUUCUUGGCUAAUGUGUUUUAUGUUAAUUCAGAUCCCUUUCCCUUAAUCUUAAUUUUGUGGAAUGGGAUGCCAACGGGUGCGGGAAUGUGUGUACAUUAAAAAAAACUUUAAAUAACUUUUGAUAAAAUAAACGUUUAAAUUAGCGCUAAAAACAAACUAUUUUUAAAACACUAGUUAAUUCACAAAAAUAAAAAAACAUUUAACAUUAAUCAUAUUAAUUGCGAUCCCUUUCCACAUAACCGUAAGCCCUAAAUAGUCGGAAAGGGAUGUAAAACUCUCUUGAAUGGCAGCCUAUUGUUCAAACCGGUG